AUGGAGCAGCGGCCCCGGCUGCCAGCGGGGCCCUGCGGGCGGGAGGCGGGGAGGCUGCGCGGUCCCGCUGAGGCCGCGUUGCGGCUGGGCGCCCAGGGUGCUGGAUUGGUCUUUGGGCCCGAAUUUUGGGCCAAGCUCAUGAACGCCAGCGGGGCCGCAAGGAGCUGGCUGCGCCAGCGCCCAACCAUCGGGCUCUUCACCCAGUGCUCCGGGCCAGCCCAGCUCCGCGGCCUCAACGUGGCCGAGAUCCAGAAGAACGAACGCCUGGAGCUGAACGGCAUCAAGUCCAUCCCCCCCGGUGCCUUCUCUCCUUACAAGAAGUUGCGGCGGAUAGACCUGAGCAACAACCAGAUCUCGGAGAUUGCUCCCGAUGCCUUCCAGGGGCUGCGCUCGCUCAACUCGCUAGUGCUGUACGGCAACAAGAUCACGGAGCUGCCCAAGGGCGUCUUCGGGGGCCUCUUCGCUCUGCAGCUGCUGCUGCUCAACGCCAACAAGAUCAACUGCGUGCGGGCGGACACCUUCCAGGACCUGCAGAACCUCUCGCUGCUCUCGCUCUACGACAACAAGAUCCAGAGCUUGGCCAAGGGCACCUUCGCCUCCCUGCGGGCCAUCCAGACGCUGCACCUGGCCCAAAACCCCUUUGUCUGUGACUGCAACCUCAAGUGGCUGGCGGACUUCCUGCGCGCCAACCCCGUGGAGACCAGCGGCGCCCGCUGCGCCAGCCCCCGCCGCCUCGCCAACAAGCGCAUCGGCCAGAUCAAGAGCAAGAAGGUUCGCUGCGCAGCCAAAGAGCAGUAUUUCAUCCCAGGCACGGAGGACUACCAGCUGAACAGCGAGUGCAACAGCGACGUCGUCUGCCCCCCCAAGUGCCGCUGCGAGUCCGGCGUGGUCGAGUGCUCCAACCUGAAGCUAACCAAGAUCCCCGAGCGCAUCCCGCAGUCCACGGCGGAGCUGCGCCUCAACAACAACGAAAUCUCUGUCCUGGAGGCCACGGGCAUCUUCAAGAAGCUCCCACACCUGAAGAAAAUCAACCUCAGCAACAACAAGGUGUCGGAGAUUGAGGACGGGGCAUUCGAGGGGGCCGCGUCCGUCAGCGAGCUGCACCUGACCGUCAACCAGCUGGAGUCGGUGCGCAGCGGCAUGUUUCGGGGCCUGGACGGGCUGAGGACCCUGAUGCUGAGGAACAACCGCAUCAGCUGCAUCCACAACGACAGCUUCACGGGGCUGCGCAACGUGCGCCUGCUCUCGCUCUAUGACAACCAGAUCAGCACCAUCACGCCAGGCGCCUUCGACACGCUGCAGUCCCUCUCCACGCUGAACCUGCUCGCCAACCCCUUCAACUGCAAUUGCCACCUGGCCUGGCUGGGAGACUGGCUGCGCAAGAGGAAGAUCGUGACAGGGAACCCGCGGUGCCAGAACCCCCCGUUCCUCCGGCAGAUCCCGCUGCAGGACGUGGCCUUCCCUGACUUCAGGUGUGAGGAAGGUCAGGAGGAGCCGGGCUGCAUUCCGCGACCGCAGUGCCCCCAGGAGUGCACCUGCCUCGACACAGUCGUCCGCUGCAGCAACAAGCACCUCAAGGCGCUGCCCAAGGGCAUCCCCAAGAACGUCACUGAGCUCUACCUGGAUGGAAACCAGUUCACCCAGGUGCCUGGCCAGCUCUCCACCUUCAAGUACCUGCAACUAGUCGAUCUGAGCAACAACAGGAUCAGCUCCCUGAGCAACUCCUCCUUCACCAACAUGAGCCAGCUCACCACCCUGAUCCUCAGCUACAACUCCCUGCAGUGCAUCCCUCCGCUGGCCUUCGAGGGCCUCCGCUCCCUGCGGCUGCUGUCUCUCCAUGGCAAUGACAUCUCCAGCCUCCCUGAGGGCAUCUUCGCAGACGUCACCUCCCUGUCCCACCUCGCCAUCGGGGCCAACCCACUGUACUGCAGCUGCAACCUGCGCUGGCUCUCCAGCUGGGUCAAGACGGGCUACAAGGAGCCUGGGAUCGCCCGCUGCGCAGGGCCCCCCGCCAUGGGGGGCAAACUGCUGCUCACCACCCCGGCCAAGAAGUUUGAGUGCCAAGGCCCGCCGGCCCUGAGCGUGCAGGCCAAGUGCAACCCCUGCCUCUCCAGUCCCUGCCAGAACCAGGGCACCUGCCACAACGACCCACUUGGCACCUACCGCUGCGCCUGCCCCAGCAGCUACCAGGGCAGGGACUGCGAAGUGGCUCUCGAUGCCUGCUCCAGCCAGCCCUGUGCCAACGGCGGCACCUGUGAGCCCCGGGAGGGCGAAGGAGCCGCCUUCAGCGGCCAGCUGUGCGAGAUGCCGCCCCGCGCCGCUGGGCAGCCUGGGCCCUGCGAGCGGGCCGAGUGCCAGAACGGUGCCCAGUGCGUGGAGCUGGGCGCCCGGGCGCUCUGCCAGUGCCUGCCCGGCUUCGGCGGCCCCAAGUGCGAGAAGCUGCUCAGCGUCAACUUCGUGGACCGCGACACGUACCUGCAGUUCACCGACCUGCAGGACUGGCCCCACGCCAACAUCACCCUGCAGGUCUCCACGGCGGAAGGCAACGGGAUCCUGCUGUACAAUGGGGACAGUGACCACAUGGCCGUGGAGCUGUACCAGGGCCACGUAAGGGUCAGCUACGACCCCGGCACCCACCCAAGCUCGGCCAUCUACAGUGCUGAGACCAUUAACGAUGGGGAGUUCCACACUGUGGAGCUGGUGACCUUCGACCAGAUGGUGAACCUCUCCAUCGAUGGCGGCAGUCCCAUGACCAUGGACAACUUUGGCAAGCACUACACGCUCAACAGCGAGGCCCCGCUCUAUGUGGGAGGGAUGCCCGUGGAUGUGAACUCGGCCGCCUUCCGCCUCUGGCAGCUGCUCAACGGCACCAGCUUCCAUGGGUGCAUCCGCAACCUUUACAUCAACAACGAGCUGCAGGACUUCACGAAGACGCGGAUGACGCCAGGGGUGGUGCCAGGCUGCGAGCCCUGCCGCAAGCUCUACUGCCUGCACGGCAUCUGCCAGCCUGCCGGCGCCCAGGGCCCCGUGUGCCACUGCGAGCCCGGCUGGGCCGGGCCCCACUGCGACCAGCCCCGCGACAGCCCCUGCCAGGGGCACAAGUGA